AUGAGAAGAGUUUACUUGAUUUCUCUGAUUGCACUUUUAUACUUGAUCCUCACAUCGCUCUAUUUUGUGUUUAAACCUACUCGGAGCUCUGAAUUUUCGUCACUGUUCUCGAACUCAAAGUUGAGUGAAAUAACUACGAACGGUAGCGAACAAUACGACAAGGAGGUGAUCAUGGGAUUCUUGGGGAACAAGACUGAAAAAGCUGAACUAGGUCGAGCUACAUGGCGAUUCUUGCAUACAAUGAUGGGAAGAUUUCCCGAAAGCCCCUCGCCACAAGAAAGACAAUCAUUGCAUGAUUUUAUGAUGCUAUUUUCAAGAUUAUAUCCAUGCGGCGAGUGUGCUGUCCAUUUCAACAAGCUACUCAAGACGUAUCCACCACAAACAUCAUCGAGGUUAGCUGCAUCCCAAUGGCUGUGUGCAAUGCAUAAUAAGGUGAACGAGAGAGUUCACAAACCUAUAUAUGAUUGCUCUGAUAUUUUGUCAAAGUAUCCUUGUGGAUGUGAUGAUAGAUUAGAGGAUACAUCUUCAUCUACGACAGUCAAUAAAUAG